AGAGGACUAUAGGGGUGCUGGAGACUGAACCUGGGUUGGCUGCAAGCAAGGCAAAUUCUUAACAUGCUGUACUGUCUCUUGGACCCUGGCCUACCACUUCUCAAGCUGUCCUGAGUCUGGAUUUGGAAGUAAGGGCAGACUAAAGUGUCCCCCUCAGUAUGGCUCCCCCCCCCAACUCCUACCUCAGGUCCCAGUCAAGUGUGAAGCUGCUCUCUGCUUAUUUUCAGUCUGCUACCUCCCCCUGGCCAGCCUUUGGGGAUUCCAAGUUCAAGUGGCUGAAACCAAAGCCUCAAUCCCCCAGAACCCUCCUUUGUGACUUCACCCACUGAAGUCACCUGGGAGAUAAUGCUCAAUGUUCCAGCCCAGAGUCUUGGUCUCUGGAAAGCAGGGGCAACAGGCCCAGCCGACCCAGAAGACUCUCUGUCCAGACUGUAAAUGGCCCAUGUCCCGCAGGGAUGUAGAGGGCUGUCUCAGAGGCACUGGGCUCUCCCGGCACCAUGGAUGACGCUGCCGUCCUCAAGCGACGAGGCUACAUCGUGGGGAUAAAUUUGGGAGAGGGCUCGUACGCAAAAGUCAAAUCCGCUUACUCUGAGCGCCUCAAGAUCAACGUGGCGAUCAAGAUCAUCGACCGCAAGAAAGCCCCCGCAGACUUCUUGGAGAAAUUCCUUCCCCGGGAAAUUGAGAUUCUGGCCAUGCUAAACCACAGCUCCAUCAUCAAGACCUAUGAGAUCUUCGAGACGUCUGAUGGCAAGGUCUACAUCGUCAUGGAGCUCGGCGUCCAGGGUGACCUCCUCGAGUUCAUCAAGACCCGGGGAGCCCUGCAUGAAGAUGAUGCUCGCAAGAAGUUCCACCAGCUCUCCUCAGCCAUCAAGUACUGCCAUGACCUGGAUGUCGUCCACCGAGACCUCAAGUGUGAGAACCUUCUCCUUGACAAGGACUUCAAUAUCAAGCUGUCCGACUUCGGCUUCUCCAAGCGCUGCCUGCGGGAUGACAGUGGCCGACUGACACUGAGCAAGACCUUCUGCGGGUCGGCGGCCUAUGCGGCCCCCGAGGUGCUGCAGGGCAUCCCCUACCAGCCCAAGGUGUACGACAUCUGGAGCCUGGGCGUGAUUCUCUACAUCAUGGUCUGCGGCUCCAUGCCCUACGAUGACUCCAACAUUAAGAAGAUGCUGCGCAUCCAGAAGGAGCACCGUGUCAAUUUCCCCCGCUCCAAGCACCUGACGGGUGAGUGCAAGGACCUCAUUUACCGCAUGCUACAGCCCGAUGUCAACCGGCGGCUGCAAAUCGACGAGAUUCUCAGCCACUGCUGGGUGCAGCCAAAGACACAGGGCCUGUCCUCUGCAAACAACAAGGAGGGAGAGACCUCCCGAGGUAUUGAAUCCUCAUGGGCUGCUGAACAACUCAGCUCUAAAAAGGAAUCUGCUGCCAAGCUAGAGACCGCGGAAGAGAUAAAGCCCGAGGCACUUUCUGAAACCAAAGCCCAAGAGUCUUCGCCGGUGCAAUUAGCAAGGCAGACAGAUGUCUUAAGUCCUACUACUGCUGACCAGCAGGAGUCAGAGGAAGGGGCCAUUCCCGUGCUGCCCUCAGAGACACACUCCUAGUGAGCCUCUCUCGGCCCAGGGGGCCAGCAGGCAAUCAAAAAGAGCUCAUGGCUUCCAGCUGGAGCUUCAGAGCCGCCAUGGGGCCAUCCAGAAAAGGCAGGCAGUCUAGGAUGAGCCAUAUUUUCGUCAGUUUUCUCUUCUCCCGGUGAGCUGGGUAACCCACAUGGCUAAAGCAGCAAUAAAUCACUAUAUUGAUGUAGUCUCAAGGUAAAUGGCCUUUGCCCUGGCUGGCUGCCUAUGCUCCUGCGUCCAUGGAAAGGGAACCUUUGCA